UAGGAAUUGACCUUCGACGUGGACUUACUUCUUCACAUCCAGUACCCCUCUGAAUUCCCUUAAUUCAUGAAAGUUUCUAAAUAAAAAAGAUAUAGGAGCUAUCAUUUAAAUUAUAUAAUUUUGAACAAGUAUCAGUUAAUUAUUUGUAUUUAUAUCCACUAAUCACUCUUUUUGACGCUCACACUCGUUUAUUAUAUUAUUGGUAACGAAAUUGGACCUAUUAUUUUAAAGUUUCAUUAAAGUCUUCGAAAAGUAAUAAAUACAGGAUGGAAGACAAUAAAAGGAAAGAUAUUUAUACGGGAGAGCAGUCGGUCACUCAACUCAAUUCUGAAUUGGAUACUCAGGCUACUCCAAUGGGUGAAAAAACACCUUUGUUUUUUGAAGGACCUAGCUUGGAUGCUUCACCUAAUAAUGCAUCAAGGUUAUUGUCUAACGAGAGCGGUGAACCUUCAUUUGGUAAUAUGUCAGAACUUAACGUUGCUACCGACCUUUUGGAAUCAUUGGAUUUACGGAGCAUGUAUAUGCAAGGAUACGGUCACAAUGAUGCUUUAUUUUAUUCAUCCCAAAGCCCCACUAAAAAAUCUGAUGGCUUUUCUUUGGGUCGACGCUCAAAUCCUUCUAAUGAAGAACGAAUUCCUAGCUUAACACAUACUACCGGGAGCUCAAAUAUUUCUUCUGGACCCUCGAUGAUUAAAGACGAUGGUGUACCAGUUAGCCAGGAUGAUCACUACAUAGAAAUGGCUCCAAAUAAUGUUUACCCAGAAGGAGCUGCUUCACGAGAUGAUUCUUUAUAUGAUUCUAAUCUUAUCUCAUCGCCUUUUUCACCUAAGAAUACUCCAGCUGGUUCUUUACUUAAGCCUGGUGAUAAUUUUACUGAAGCAGAGGUUAAUGACGGUUUACCUUAUUCAGUUUCUUAUACCGGUAAGCCUUUGCCGCCGCUACCUUUAUCUGCAGAGAAUCAUUUUCGAGCUCUUCCGAAUACGCCAAAAUUGCUUUCUUCUAAGGUCAAUUAUGAAGUGCCAUCCGAUGAUCCUUCAGCGACUGAAAGCAUAGAUUAUCACCCUCAACAGCCUCUUGCACCCAUUCAGGAAGCACCUGUGGAAGAUACCACUGAACGUAUUUCAACGUCCGUUUUUGAUGAUGAUGCAGAUAAAUCAUUAAUAUCUUCUGAUGGUCUUCGUAAAAAAGUGCAUGCCAAAUUGGAAGCUAAGCGUGCUUCUGAUGGUAGUUUUUACUUAAGCUCAUCUCAAGAGGACGAUGGAUGUUCGAAGGAAUCGAUAAUGAAUAAAGAGCAAAUUCCCAAUGUUUUAGAGGAUUAUAUGAAUAUGGAUGAAAGUGAAAAAAUAGCUACGAAUGAUAAUUCUGGAUUAUCUUCAGGACAUGGAUCUGUUACCUAUAAAGAGGUUCCCCGAUAUUCCCUUGCUGCUGCCAAAAUUAAAUUUAGUAUAGCUAGUCAGCGAGGUCGCAUCAAAAGCAGUUCCUCAAUCGACAACUUGAGUGCUAUACUAAGUUCAGAAGAACUUCGACACAAGUCGAUGAUGACUCCUAUUCCUGGCUCCAAACGUACCUUUAGCAAUAUUACUGAGAAUGAUAUCGCAGGUCAAUCAGACUUUGCUCCAAUUAGUCCGCAAUCACAAAGAGGAGGAGCAUGGAAUAUCUCAGAAACAGGAACUGUUGCUUUUUAUGAGCCGACUUAUGAAAUGUCAGACGAAAUCGAUGAAGUUAGGCAGUCUACGCCCGUUUCAGAUCAAGGAUCAAUUAAUCGACCCAGAUCUUUGGAACUCAGUCGUUCGAAAACUAAUCGCAUGAAUAAGCCUAGCAUGAGACCUGGUGCUGUUGGAGUUGAGAAUGUUGCUCCUCGGCCAUCAACUUCGCUGGGUUUUGUUAAACAAACCAUCUUUGAAGAUAAACCUAAAUCUAUGCCAGCAAGUGGCCGCUUCUAUAUUCAUUUAAAUUAUUUUCGAAACUUUUCCUCAAUUUUUGUUGGAGAUCAACCAGGUAUGAAAAUAAGCGUAGUUACUCCUUCCCAGAGCGUUCAGCUUCCGUGGCAGUUGAAUAAAGGUAAUGAUAGGUUAGACCAUGAUUUUGCCUUUCCUGCCGAUGAUAAAUUUACGGUCAAUUUCAUGUUUUUUGAUAUGCUACACGGUAAAAACCGAGACAUGAAACAAGCAAGUUCCGCGAAAAGUGACUCAGACCCCGUCAAUUUGGAAAGUAAAUCGAAAACAAAGAAACUCUUUGAACGUCUUUUUAAUAGACGCAAAAAGAGAAAACUAGCCAAGUCUAAUUCUUUGAGUGGUGGUAAGCAAAAAAUCGAUAACCCUGUGAAAGUGUCAGGAAUGGCCACUCUGGCAUUAUCUCGUGUUAAGGAUAAAUGUUUUGGUAAGAUUUUAGCUACAGAAAUUCCCAUUAAGAUGCACGCUGUUUCUGGUAAAUCUGAUCUGAGCCUGAAUGAUAUUAUUGGAAAUUUGUCAAUAAGUUGUCUUUAUAUUCCGGAGCUUUCCAUUCCAGAAUCUGAAAUGCCUAUUACUUUAAAUCAAGCUAAUCAAGACCUCCGACAUGUUCGGCAGAGCUAUGUUUACAAAGAGGGUUAUGUUUACAAAUUGGAAGGUACAUCUGUUCGCAGACGUUUUGCUGUUUUGCAUUCCAAGAAGAUUAGUUUUUAUACAGACAGAGGUGGGGAUUUGCUUUAUAGCUUGAAGGCUGUGAGAGAUGCAAAUAAUUUAUCUAUAAGAGAUUGUGACAAAGAUUUAUUAAACUUAGGAAUGACGAGGGGAAUCCAACUAAAUACCGAUAAAGGUGUUCGUAUUAAGUUUUACUUGGAAUCUGAGAAGGACUGUACAAAAUGGCUUCAGUCGCUGAAUACACGGUCUUUGAUAUUGGAAAGAGGAACUCAAACACCUUGGCUUAAAGAGUUUGUUAAGCUUGUUCAUUAAUUUUGAGUUUUAAUCUUGUUCAAUAAUACAAGUUGGUCUACUGUUUUGUCUUACUUAUUUGAAUAAAUAUUUUAAUUUUAUUGAAAACUAUUAGAUUAUAUGUAUAAAUACAUUUUAAUAUUGGUA